UGUCGGAUCAACGUUUUGUUUGUGAAUUAUUUAUGCUCUUCUUGGCUGGAUUUGAUACAUCUGCUACAACAAUAUGUAACACAUUGUAUGAAUUAGCUUUAAAUCAUACUAUUCAAAAUAGACUUCGUGAAGAAAUAAGAAAUAUGUACAUAAAAAGUAAUGGAGAAAUAACACUUGACGAUAUAAAUACGAUGUUUUAUCUGGAUACAAUCUGUAAAGAAACGAUGCGAAAAUAUCCAGUAAUUGACAUAAUCACGAGACAGGCCUCAUCAGAUUAUACUUUUAGAAAUUCUCAACUAACUAUCCCAAAAGGUCAAGUAAUCCAUAUACCUGUCUAUAGUAUUCAUUUCGAUCCAGAUAUAUAUCCCAAACCUGAAAUUUAUGAUCCUGAGAGAUUCGAUGAAGUAGCUCGAUUCAGACGAUCAAUGCAUUACAUGCCUUUCGGAUUUGGCCCAAGAAGUUGCAUUGGUGAACGAUUUGGCCUAUUACAAUUAAAAAUGGGACUCAUUACUUUUUUACGAAAUUAUAAAUUCGAUGUUUGUGAAAAAACCCCAAGAAAAUUAAAAUAUAUUUCCACAGUACUUAUUCAACAUCCUAAAGACAUAUAUCUUAAAAUAACAAAAAUCGAAUUUACCUAAUACAUAAUAACUUGUAAUAGCAUUAAUUACUUUUAAGAAAUCCUAUUCUAUAGACAAAAUGAUAUAAUAAAAAGUUGAAAUAAAAUUGUAAUUACGUGAACUAUUAAAAA